AUGGGCAAGAAAACAAAGGCACCAUGUUACGUCCUCGGCGUUGGCAUGACCAAGUUCAUCAAGCCUAGGGGCAAGGUCGACUACACAGAACUAGGCUUCGAGGCCGGUGUCAAGGCAAUGCUGGAUGCUCAAAUCAACUAUGAUGAUGUUGAGCAAGGCAUAGCCUGCUACUGCUACGGCGACAGUACUUGUGGUCAGCGUGUCUUUUACCAGUUCGGCAUGACACAAAUUCCCAUCUACAAUGUCAACAACAACUGCAGCACUGGUUCAACAGGACUUAAUCUUGGCCGUACUAUGGUUGCAAACGGAGCUUCCGAUUGUGUCUUGGUUGUCGGAUUCGAGAAGAUGUUCCCAGGCUCUCUGCAGAGUUUCUUCCAGGACCGAACUAACCCUACCGGCACAACUGUGGACAUGAUGAAGGCAACCAGAGGCAUCACCAGUGCUCCCGGAGCUGCCCAAAUGUUCGGCAACGCUGGAAGAGAGUACAUGGAAAAGUACGGGGCAAAGAAGGAAGACUUUGCAGAGAUUGCAAGAGUCAAUCACGAACACUCCAAGCGUAACCCCUACUCGCAAUUCCAGGAUGAAUACACUCUGCAGCAAGUCAUGGAUGCUCCAUCUAUCCAUGAACCUCUGACAAAACUUCAAUGCUGUCCGACUUCAGAUGGAGGUGCCGCUGCAGUCCUGGUGUCUGAGGAUUUCUUGAAUGCUAGACCACAUCUCAGAGAGCAGGCAGUCCUCAUCGCUGGUCAGUGUCUUGCCACUGAUGCAACCUCUCUGUUCUCGCGCAGCAGCAUCGACUUGAUGGGCUAUGAGAUGACAAAGAAUGCGGCCAAGACGGCUCUGGCCGAAGCAGGUGUUUCUGUGAAGGAUAUCAAGGUCUGCGAACUUCAUGACUGCUUCUCAGCCAAUGAGAUGAUUGUUAUCGAUGCACUAGGGCUGAGCGAGCACGGCAAGGCACAUGAAAUGGUGCGCAAAGGAGACAUUACCUACGGCGGAAAGAUGGUCAUCAACCCUUCAGGAGGGCUCAUCUCUAAAGGCCAUCCACUUGGUGCAACAGGCAUUGCACAAUGCGCAGAGCUUGUCUGGCAUCUGCGUGGCUGGGCCAACAACCGACUAGUCAAGGGCACUACGGCAGCGCUACAACACAACCUUGGCCUGGGUGGUGCUGUUGUGGUUACGGUGUACAAGAGAGCGGACGGCAAGGCAAGUGAGUCUGUGGACUCGCAGACAGUCGGACAGAAGAACGGACUCGGGUACAACCCUGCAGUUGAGGCCAAGGGUUUCAGCAAGAGCCAGGUGAAUCAAGUCCGCAGCAAGCAGCACAGAAGUGAUUGGGCGCUAGCAGACACUGAGCGCAAGGUGGAAGCGCGAUUCUGA